AGGAGCCGAGGCGCGGUGAGCGAGGAGCCCCCGGUGCCAUCCCCGCUGAGCCCGCCCGGAGCUGCCGCUGCUGCUUCACCCGGAGAGCUGACAUGGUUCCAGCGCACCUGACCCUGCUGCACUCCAGCGAUACUUGAAGCCAAACCCGUGGCUCUUUUGGCCUUUGCUAACUCAAUGCUAUGCAAAAGAAAAGGAGGAAAAAAAAAAGAAACGCUGACACUAGUUGUGGUGGGAAUGGCUGUUUCCUGCCCUGGGUGAGCCAAUGUGUGGUUUUUUGCUUGUGAGAUGAACUAAUUCUCCUUUACCGGGUGGAAGACACACUACAAAUGGCAACCUGAAACUUUGGUAAUGCUUGGUCAUUGCUGAGCGGUUGGAACUUUUACUCGUUUGAUUUUUUAAAUUUUAUAUUUUUCAUCAAGUCACCUAAGGAGCCUUGUUGCUGUCUUCAGGAGCAUUGGAGGAAUUUGUCUUAAUUCUUCACCUCAAGUGACUUUAUCCCACUGUGAGUGCAGCCAGUGCACCCACCUGAAUACCUUCUCCUUGAAAACUCCUUCCCAGCCUGGAAGAUCAGGGAUCACAGACUUCUUCAAAAACUUCUCGUCCUGGGAAACGCUGCCCAUAGUUACUUUAUGGGGCAGCAGCCUGGAAAAGUUCUUGGGGACCAAAGGAGGCCAAGUCUGCCUGCCCUGCACUUCAUCAAAGGAGCAGGGAAGAAGGAGUCAUCAAGGCAUGCGGGCCCACACUGCAACGUCUUCGUGGAACAUGAAGCCCUUCAGAGACCGGUAGUGUCAGACUUUGAGCCGCAGGGUCUGACCGAAGCAGCUCGCUGGAACUCCAAGGAAAACCUUCUCUCCAUCCCCAGUGAAAAUGACCCCCAUCUCUUUGUUGCACUGUAUGAUUUUGUGGCGAGUGGGGACAACACUCUCAGCAUAACUAAAGGUGAGAAGCUCCGUGUGCUGGGCUACAACCACAAUGGGGAGUGGUGCGAGGCGCAGACCAAGAACGGGCAGGGCUGGGUGCCCAGCAAUUACAUCACCCCUGUGAACAGCUUGGAGAAGCACUCGUGGUACCACGGGCCGGUGUCGCGCAACGCCGCCGAGUACCUGCUGAGCAGCGGCAUCAACGGCAGCUUCCUGGUGCGCGAGAGCGAGAGCAGCCCCGGGCAGAGAUCCAUCUCCCUGCGCUACGAGGGCAGGGUCUACCACUACCGGAUCAACACCGCCUCCGACGGCAAGCUCUAUGUGUCUUCAGAGAGCCGCUUCAACACCCUGGCAGAGCUGGUGCAUCACCAUUCCACCGUGGCAGAUGGGCUCAUCACCACGCUGCACUACCCGGCGCCCAAGCGCAACAAGCCCACCAUCUACGGCGUGUCCCCCAACUAUGACAAGUGGGAGAUCGAGCGCACCGACAUCACCAUGAAGCACAAGCUGGGGGGAGGCCAGUAUGGAGAGGUGUAUGAAGGAGUCUGGAAGAAGUACAACCUGACAGUGGCUGUGAAAACUCUCAAGGAGGAUACUAUGGAGGUGGAAGAGUUCUUGAAAGAAGCUGCAGUAAUGAAGGAGAUCAAGCAUCCGAACUUGGUGCAAUUAUUAGGGGUGUGCACACGGGAACCUCCUUUCUACAUCAUCACAGAGUUCAUGACGUAUGGGAACCUGCUGGAUUACCUGCGGGAGUGUAACAGGCAGGAGGUGAAUGCUGUGGUGCUGCUGUACAUGGCAACUCAGAUCUCCUCAGCCAUGGAGUACCUGGAGAAGAAAAACUUCAUCCACAGGGACCUUGCUGCCAGGAACUGCCUUGUAGGGGAGAACCACUUGGUGAAGGUGGCAGACUUUGGCCUGAGCAGGUUAAUGACGGGUGACACCUACACAGCCCACGCUGGAGCAAAAUUCCCCAUCAAGUGGACUGCACCAGAAAGCCUGGCCUACAACAAGUUCUCCAUUAAAUCCGAUGUCUGGGCCUUUGGUGUUCUGCUGUGGGAAAUUGCAACCUAUGGUAUGUCCCCUUACCCUGGGAUUGACCUGUCUCAAGUCUACGAGCUGUUGGAGAAGGACUAUCGUAUGGAGCGUCCUGAAGGCUGUCCUGAGAAAGUUUAUGAGCUCAUGAGAGCAUGCUGGCAGUGGAGUCCUUCUGAUAGACCCUCCUUUGCUGAGAUCCAUCAGGCCUUUGAAACGAUGUUUCAGGAAUCCAGCAUCUCGGAUGAGGUGGAGAAGGAAUUGGGAAAGAAGGGCAUGAGGAGUGUAGUGAGCAAUUUCCUGCAAGCCCCAGAGUUGCCAACCAAAACGCGAACGUCGAGGAGAGCUGCCGAAAGCAAAGAUGCCAACGAGGGCUUGGAGACUGCACAUGCUCGAGGCCAGGGGGAAUGUGACGCCCUGGAUCAUGAACCUGCUGUUUCUCCCUUGCUCCCACGGAAGGAGAGGGUGGCCCUGGAGAGCGGUUUAAAUGAAGAUGAGCGGUUGCUUCCAAAAGACAAAAAGCACAACCUCUUCAGUGCCCUGAUCAAGAAGAAGAAGAAAACUGCCCCUACCCCUCCGAAACGGAGCAGCUCCUUCAGGGAGAUGGACGGACACGCGGAGCGCAGGGCGGGCGGGGAGGAGGAGUGCAGGGAUGCUGGCAAUGGGGCUUUCAUUGCCCCCCCUGCAGACACAGCUGACCCCUCCAAGUUCCAGAGCCCAAGCAAUGGGGCUGGUGUCACCAACGGGGUCGUGGCUGGGAACUCUGGGUUCUUGUCUCCCCACUUACGGAAGAAGUCCAGCACGAUGAGCAGCGGCCGAGGGGUGGCUGGUGAGGAGGAGAGCAGCUCCAACUCCAGCAAGCGUUUCUUGAGGUCCUGCUCAGCUUCCUGUGUGCCCCAUGGAGCGAAGGACACAGAGUGGAAAUCUGUGACUCUGCCCCGGGAUCUGCAGUCCACGGGGCGCCAGUUUGAUUCCUCCACUUUUGGGGGGCACAAAAGCGAGAAGCCGGCGCUGCCUCGGAAACGGGCGAACGAGGCCAAGGCUGACGUGUCUGUCAGGGGAACAGUGACCCCUCCUCCACGGCUGCUUAAGAAGAAUGAAGAGACUGCUGAUGAUGUAUUCAAAGAUGCAGAGUCCAGCCCUGGUUCCAGCCCUCCCACCCUGACGCCAAAACUUGGCCGUAGACAACCUGCUGCCCCUCCUUCGUCCAGCGGGCUCCACAAGGAUGAUGGAGUCAAAUCCAGUGCCUUAGGUACCACUGUGAUGAUGGACCAAGGUUCUGCUGCCAAACCCAGCCCUGCUGGGUUCGUGGGGGCCAGCAAAGCUUCCUCUGAGGAGCCACGCCUGAGGAGGCUCAAGCAGACCUCGGAGUCGGCAGGGAAGGACAAAGGGAAGUUAUCGAAGCUGAAACCAGCCCCUCCACUCCCACUGUCUUCAUCCUCCAUUGCCAAGCCUGGGAAGGUUUCUCACAGCCCCAGCCAUGAAGCAGCAGCAGAUGUGGUGUCUGGGCCGAAAUCCAAACAGUUGACUCAGGUUGGAGAAGCUGCAGGCAGUGAUGCUGUCAAGCCAAACCAGUCAGGGGAAGGUGUGAAAAAGCUGGGGAUCCCCUCUGUACCAAAGCCACAGUCCUCUACAAAGCUGCUGCUGAGCACAGCAACCCCAGCUGCCUCUUCCUCAUCCGUACCCUCUGCCCCAGGCGGGGAGCAGACGUCAUCCACAGCCUUCAUCCCCCUGAUAUCCACCAGGGUCUCGCUGCGGAAGACCCGGCAGCCCCCGGAGAGGAUUGCCAGUGGCACCAUCACCAAAGGGGUGGUGCUGGAAAGCACCGAGGCUCUACGGCUCGCCAUCAGCAAGAACUCUGAGCAAAUGGCCAGCCACAGCGCCGUCCUGGAGGCUGGCAAGAACCUCUACACCUUCUGCGUGAGCUACGUGGACUCCAUCCAGCAGAUGAGGAACAAGUUUGCCUUUCGGGAGGCCAUCAAUAAGCUGGAGAACAACCUGCGGGAGCUUCAGAUCUGCCCGGCCACCGCCGGCAGCGGCCCCGCCGCCACCCAGGACUUCAGCAAACUGCUCAGCUCCGUCAAAGAAAUCAGCGACAUCGUUCAGAGGUAGCAAGAAACCAGGCUGAGAAACAAAACAAGUGAAUCAAUCACAAGGGGCCAAAGCCAGCUGUGGAGAGAGUAAGGUGUGGACUGAGUGGGGCGUUCAGGUUAGCGCUGCGCCAAGGACGCAGACUGUGCAUGGAUGCCCCAGCCCUAAGGGCAGGGCUGUGCUCAG